AGCUCCAGAAGUUGUGGACUUUUAUUCGAGCUCGUGCUUUUAUGUGCAAUGCAGUUGAACUCGAAAGUUGACUUGCUGGGCUGACUCUGCUCGAUUACGUCCUAAAUAUUUAUGCGGAUUCGGUUCCGACUCAUUUCCGCGUUCAGAGCCGAAACCAGAAUGGCGAUAUCUCGCAGAUGGAGACGAUAGCCCUGAGUUCUUCAAAGUCUUCCCUCCCCUUUACCAGUGCUCACCAAAUAGUACUGCCUCUCUCUCUCUCUCUCUCUCUCUCUCUCUCUCUCUCUCUGUUCUUGAACAGACAAUGGUUGAUAGGUAUGAAGGGUUUUUAUUUGCUUUGCAUGCGAAGAUUAUACAUUUGUGGAGUACAAGCACUCAAGUUCAUGCCCUAUCUAAAAGCUUCUGCUUCUUUUUACUCUUUGUAACUACUCGAAAUUCAACCAUGACUUCUCAAGGCCGGAGAGACUGUGACAGUUCAGCAAGUACACUGAAAGCCCCACAUUUCUUCAAGAUAAUUCUCUCUCGUUGUCUUCAAGACAGGAAACUUAUGAUUCCAAGAAGAUUUAUAAGGAGAUAUGGAGAAGGCCUGUCAAAUCUAGCUUUUCUUAAGCUUCCAAAUGGUGCAGAGUGGAAACUUGAAUUGACGAAAUGUGAUGGAAAGUUUGGUUACAGAAGGGUUGGCAAGAAUUCAUAGAGUAUUAUUCUCUUAAGCUGGGGCACUUGCUGGUUUUUCGAUAUGAAGGAAACUCGCACUUUUAUAUACUUGUAUUUGAUAAGAGUGCAACAGAGAUAGAUUAUCCUUCAAGUAGCUCCCUUGGCAAGGGGGAAAAUCUUCAUGGAGAAUUGUUAGUUUCUCGGAUGGAACAAACUGGUAGUGAUAGUCAUGCUCAAAUAUUGGAUGACUUUCCAACGCUCCCAAAAACAAGGAAGAAAUCACCAUUACCAAGUUCUCGGCCUCACAAGAUGAUGAGAACCAAUCUAAGUGCUAAAACUGCAAGUACUUCCAAUCUGUCAAGGUUGGUUCCUCACUAUCAAUCUAAAGAUGCAAAGGUGAAGAAGUUAAAAGCGCAAGCAAAUUUGUAUCCUACCAAACAGGAGCUUGAUGGUGCUAAACUGGUUCCUACUACCAAGCGAUGCCCAAAAUCAAAGACUCUUAGAAUGACUCGAAUGUUGAAUGUGGAUGAGAAAGCUAGAGCUCUUCAGAGGGCAAGUGGCUUUAAAACUGAAAGUCCUUGUUUUAAGGUUGUCCUGCAGCCAUCAUAUAUAUGUCGUGGGUGUAAGAUGACUGUACUGGGUAGGUUUCUCGGCAUCAAACAAAGUGGGCAGAUGGUAAUGCUUCUGGUUGGGGGUAAAUCCUGGCUGGUGAAGUUUCGCAGUUAUCCACAUUCAUCAUCCGUUGCCUUUACUCGUGGUUGGUCUACCUUUGUUAAGGAUAAUAGUCUGCAAGUAGGAGAUGUUUGUGCCUUUGAGCUGAUUAAGAGUGAUGAUGCUAUGCUGAAAGUCUCCAUUUUCAGAAACCUUAGUUAAGUGGUUGCUCCAGAUGCGUCGUAAUUAUAAUUUUAGGAGCUUGUUUGUUUCAUAGUAGUUAUUUUCAGAUCUCCUUUUCUGCUCUGGUGGAGAUAGUGAUCUUUUGGUUUGUUUAAGGGCACAUGGCCAUCCCCAUUGGGACUUCUUUUCUUUUAUUAGUUAAUACUAUACUUGGUUGAACUGCUUUUCCAUAUUGUUUUUCCUCAAGGUAAAAUGGCUAGCCUUUGGAGUUUGAUUGCAGUUAUUAAAUAAAGGGGAAAAGAAAGAGUAAAAAGAGUCA